GGCUCGAUCCCUCCCUGUGUGCUUUGUACAGUACAUACAUACAUCAGAGCACAUCUAGAUACGUCGCGAUAUUAAUAUUUUACCUCUCACCUUCCACUCGUUAAAUCAACCGGCGGGCCGCUGUCUCUGUUCCUAUACACUUGUGAUUAGAAAUCUUCUUAUAGAGGGGAGCUUUCGAGAGAUUUUGCCUCCUUGACCGUCAGUGUGGGAGUUGCUGUCUCGCUGCAAGAGUCUUAAAUAGAGAUCAAUCACCGUUUCCCGCUCGUUACCCCUUCCCAACCGUCUCCCUUUUUUCUUUUUUUCCUCUUUUCCCUUUUUUUUUCCUUUUAUAUGACACUUGAAGUAUCAGCUUCGAUUUGUCACUACCGCAGCCGAUAAAUCGUCUCGCCGCUUCAAAUAUGGGCGACGAAUCACCGCGCCCUUCAAAAAUACCCUACUGGCGCCAGGUCAUCGAACCCGGCGCCGUCACCCAAGAGGUCAUCGACUACCCCUACAAGGGGUCCGGCACCGAAGAUGAUCCCUUCGUCGUCGAAUGGAUUCCUAAUGACCCCCGAAACCCUCUCCAAUUCUCCACCGUCAAGAAAUGGUCCAUCACCAUGCUCGUCGCCAUGGCGACCCUCGCCGUUGCCCUCAUCUCCUCCGCGUACACCGGCGGUGGAAACCAGAUCAUGGCGGAGUUCAACGUCAGCAGUGAGGUCAUGAUUCUGGGUGUCUCCCUCUUCGUUCUCGGCUUCGCUAUCGGUCCACUGAUCUGGGCGCCCAUGAGUGAAUUGUACGGACGGCAGCUCCUUUUCUGCGGAACAUACAUGGCCCUGACCGCCUUCAACGCCGGCGCCGCCGGAAGUCAAAAUAUCUGGACCCUGAUCAUCCUUCGAUUCUUCGCCGGCUCGUUCGGCUCGUCGCCGCUGACAAACGCCGGCGGAAUCAUCGCCGAUAUGUUCUCCGCUUCUCACCGUGGCCUGGCCAUGGGCAUGUUCUCCAUCGCACCGUUCUUGGGUCCCGUUCUCGGCCCAAUCAUCGGUGGUUUCCUCGGGAUGAACGCAGGUUGGAGAUGGGUCGAGGGCUUUCUGGCCAUCUUCUCCGGCGUGCUCUGGAUAAUUGGCACCUUGCUGGUCCCAGAGACAUAUGCUCCCGUGCUUCUUCGCAAGAGAGCAAACACCCUCUCAAAGCUUUCUGGAAAGGUAUAUCGCAGCCGCAUAGAUAUCGACCAGGGCCGGGUCACUGUCAGCGAAGCCUUCGCUACCGCCCUCAGUCGCCCCUGGAUCCUUCUCUUCCGCGAGCCGAUCGUCUUCCUGCUUUCCCUGUAUCUCGCCAUCGUGUACGGCACCUUGUACAUGUUGUUCGGGGCCUUCCCAUUCGUGUACCAGCUGAUCCGCGGCUGGAAUGAGGGCAUCGGAGGCCUUGCGUUCUUGGGCGUGCUCGUCGGGAUGCUUAUCGCUGCCGCCCUGAACAUCAUCGACAACAACAGGCGCUACAUUCCACUCGCAAAGAAACACCAUGGCUUCGCACCGCCUGAGGCCCGCUUGCCUCCGUCCAUGAUCGGCGGCAUUGCCAUUCCCAUCGGUCUUUUCUGGUUCGCAUGGACCAACUAUCCCUCCAUCCACUGGCUCGCGUCCAUCGCCGCCGGCGUUCCCUUUGGUUUCGGCAUGGUCCUCGUCUUCCUAGGCGUGAUGAACUAUCUUAUCGACUCGUACACCAUCUAUGCAGCCUCAGCUCUUGCCGCAAACUCGGUUCUGAGAUCGCUCUUCGGCGCUGCUUUCCCGCUGUUCACACGAUACAUGUAUGAAGACCUUGGGAUUCACUGGGCAUCCAGUAUCCCUGCGUUCCUGGCACUUGCAUGCGUUCCGUUCCCAUUCCUUUUCUUCAAGUACGGCGCGACGAUUCGAAAGAAGUGUAAAUUCGCUGCCGACGCCGAAGCGUUCAUGCGCCGCCUGCAGGAAUCGAGUCUCCAGCAAAGGGAAGAAGCUCUCAAGAAGGCGGAGGAGGAGGAGGAGAAGGAAGAAGAGGAGGAGGAAGCAUCGCGCGAAUUUGCGCUCAAAGAAGACGAGAAAGCUGGCCAGCCCGGAUCCGCCGACGAAGAUGCAGGACAACGGGACUAUGUUCUCGAACCGAUUCGGUCUAUUAGCAGACAGCAAACACACAGAACCCACAGGACACACAGAACCGGCUCUAUAGCGUCGAGGCUGUCUGAGACGUUCAGUGAAUACGAGGGUAACCCGUUCGACAUCGACCGGGUGAACACUCGGACGUCGGUCACAUCGGCACGAAGAACGUCGAUGUCGGGGAAGUGAAGGACGCGAAGGGCAGAAAAUAAAUGUAAUAUUGCUAUAUAUAUAUAUAUAUAUAUAUAUAUAUAUGUAUAUAAUUAAACACCGGACAAUGGACACGGGUUAUUUUUCACAAUCUGUUUAAAUUCCCCUUGAGAUGUUAGUUAGUUACCUCUUGGCUGGCGUGCUUUUUUGAUACCUUCUUUGUAAUUUUAGCUAUUCUCUCAAAACUUCUUUCUCUCUUUUUUUUUUUUUUUUUUUUUUUUUUUUUUUCUCCCCUCAAUUUUAAUUUUUCUUAACUUUGAACUGAGAUGAGCGUUGAACAUAUUGGUUGAUGAACUGCAAUGCUAAGUGGUCACUGAUCCAUUCCAUAUGGCCGUUGAACAUGAGAAGGUUGAAAGUUGGCUCGAGGUUGCGUUUCCUCAUUUCGAGAAUAUUGGCGGUCAAAGCUUUUCCCACAGCUCUUCACUUGUUGCACAGACUAACUCACUACAAGUUAACUAAAAACUGCGAAACUAAGUUAACGAAUUACACAGCUAGAAGAUCAACUUUCCGCUGGCCCGUUCCCUUUUGCACCGAUCUCCAUACCGAGGAAACGGAUUGAUUUCCAGAUCUUCCUGUCGGCAUCUCCAUCCUUUGUCCGGGGUAACUAACUAGUUAGUUAAUUAUGAGCUUAUCAACUUUCGCUGCCCGACAGCAUCCUCCUCAACAACCGCGGCUCGAAUAGUGUCUAUGGGAUCGACUGGAUAGUCGGAAGUUCAAGCUGCGCGUAACUAACUAAUGGAAACUCUUUUACGUGACUGUCAGGAGAAAGGAAAUGUUUCCCAUGGAGCAUUUUGGAUGCCCUGCAGCCUUAUGGAUCACUGCGUUCCCGUGUCUUCAAUUAAUCAGUCACGGUCUUCCUGCGUCGAGACGACAAACCAGAUUUGACGCGGAUCCACUGGGCUAAUUUGUGUACUGUCUCUGCAAGUGAUUACCAGGUGUGAUGUUUUCAAAUAUCUGCAUGGAUGUGAGUGA